CCAGUAUUGCUUUUUGUCAGGCUAGGCUACUGCUCCUUCCCGUCCUCUGUCCUCCUGUUACCCCUUCUCCCCCCCAGACAGGAGUUGUACAGUCUGAUGGUGUGACGGACAAAGGAGUUUUUAAGUCUGUUCGUCCUGCACUUGGGAAGGAGCAUUCUGUCACUGAACAGACUCCUCUGGUUGCUGAUGACUGUGUGCAGAGGGUGACUGGCAUCGUCCAUGAUGUUCAGUAUUUUAUCCAUAGUUCUCUUCUCUGCCACCGUCACCAGAGAGUCCAGCUUAAAUGAGACGUUCCCCUGCUGCUGAAGCGCCACCAGCUGAGGCAAUCAAAGCUCCUACACCUCCUCCUUCUGUAGAGCCCCCCAGCGAGCCUCUGGAGUUAACUGUAGAGGACGUCAGUGAUGUUUCGGUCACUAUCCAGUGGAGACCUCCUGCUAACAUUGGGAAUGCUGGCUUGAAUGGAUAUACCGUGGAAUGCUGCAAGGAAGGAACUGGUGAUUGGAAGGCUGUCAAUGAUGAGCUCAGCAUUUCCUGCCGUUAUGUCAUUAAGAACCAGACCACUGGUGACCGUCUCAACAUCAGGGUGGUGGCUGUGAACGCUGGUGGCCGCAGCCCUCCUGCCACUUUCCCUGAUGCUGUCCUGGUCAGAGAGGUUGUUGCUCGCCCCAAGAUUCGCCCACCACGUUCGCUAAGGCAGCGUUAUGUGGUAAACGUUGGAGAGAAAGUCAACCUUGUCAUCCCCUUCACUGGCAAACCCCAGCCUGUCAUUACCUGGACAAAGGAUGGACAGCCCAUUGAUACCAAGAGAGUGAACGUCCGCAACAGUGACAGGGACAGCAUCUUUUUCAUCCGCUCCUCUGAGCGAGCUGACUCUGGUGUCUAUGAGAUGUGUAUUAAAGUGGACAGCUUUGAAGACAAGGCCCAGUGGACUCUGCAGAUUAUUGAACUGCCAGGUCCACCAACAGGCAUAAAGAUUGUGGACACCUGGGGGUUCAAUGUUGCUUUGGAAUGGACCGAGCCGAAGGAUAAUGGAAACACAACCAUCACUGGAUACACAGUGCAGAAAGCUGACAAAAAGACUGGGGACUGGUUCACAGUGCUGGAACACUAUCACAGGCUGAAUGCCACAGUCUCAGACCUGAUCAUGGGAAAUACUUAUACUUUCCGGGUCUUCGCGGAGAAUAAGUGUGGAAUCAGCAAGGAUGCCACUGUUACAAAGACCUCUGCCACCAUCCAGAAGACAGGUAUUAACUAUAAACCACCAGACUACAAGGAACGUGACUUCACUGAGGCCCCCAAGUUCACCACCGACAUGCCAGACCGCUGCACUACUGUAGGCUACAGCACCAAGCUGCUGUGCUCUGUCAGAGGAUUCCCUAAGCCCAAGAUUCAGUGGAUGAAGAACCAGAUGAUCAUUGGUGAUGACCCCAAAUACAGGCAGCUAAACAACCAGGGCAUCUGCUCUCUGGAGAUCCGCAAGCCCGGAAACUUUGACGGCGGUGUGUACACAUGCAGGGCCAUCAAUGAACACGGUGAAGCGGCUGUCACCUGCAAGCUGGAGGUCAAACAACCAGUGAUUCUUGAUGCUGAUAAGAAAUAAGUCCCGAAUUAGGAGCAGCAGGAUCACAGUUUGCUCAAAAGGAGUCUGAAGAUACCAUUUGCUGAUGCAAAAACAAAAAACCAUGAACUGUACAUAUCAAGGAAAUAACAAGGGACAUUUAUAGUCUUUUUCAACUCACAAAUAGAGCACAUCUAUUAUAUACAGUAUAUAUCAUCAUUGACUGCCUAUGGUUGAAACAACUGUUUAUUCGUUUCUGUUUCUGAAUGUAUCUUCUGAUACCUGGCACCGUCCUUAUAUUUAAGACUGAAAUAAAUUCAUGCCUUCAAUUUG